CAUUUCACUUUUAUUUUUUUGGUUGAGUGAUUGCAGAAGCUCUGCCUAGAGAGAGAGAGAGAAGAGAGUCAAGAAAGUCUUCUCCUUCACACCUCCCUCUUCUCUUUAAUAUGAUGGUGGAAGAAUCUUUUGCCUUUGACAACUAAUCCACAGCCCUCUCUUCUUAAAGGAAGGUCCGUUUUGCUUUUUGCUCCCUCAUCAUUCUCUCUCCCUCCCUCUCAAUUCGUCCUCUGUUUUCUUCUCUCAAUUGAGAAGCUUUCGUCUUCAAGCUUAAGAAAGGCAACUUCUUUUGGGGUCUUGUUGAGAUUGGAUCGUGUAAAAACGGAAACUUUACUAUCUGGGUCUUUCCCAUUUUUGGUUUCUAGGGUUUGAUUAGAGACUCUUGUAACGGAGGAAAAAAAAAAAUUAGGGUUUUAUUUGGUCUUGUGUAACUUUAAGACAUGGAGGAGAUAGAAGGAACCAACAGAGCAGCUGUGGAGAGUUGUCAUAGAGUUCUUAACCUCAUAUCUAGCAGACCCCAUCAACAAGAUCAUCUGUACGACAUGAGUUUAUUGUCCGAAGCUAGAGAAGCUGUGUUUAGGUUCAAGAGAGUGGGGAAUCUAUUAAGCAACAGCAGCAGUAGUAGCAGUGUGGGUCAUGCCAGGUUUAGAAGAGCUAAGAGGCCUCUGAUUCAUUUGUCUCAAACCAUCUUCCUUGAUUCUUGUCUCCAAAGAACAGAACCUCCAUCCUCUCAGAAAGCACCGGUGGUGCUCCGGUCUGAUUUGAGCUUGGGACCUGCUGAUUCUCUCACUUUAGGGACCCGGUCUUUCGGUUUGAACUCCAAUGCAAAAGCCCCUCUCCUCCAGCUUAACCCGCAGCAACAACAGCAGUUACAUGAACGGUUACAGGCUCAUCAGCAGCAGCAGCAGAGACAUCAAGCUGAGAUGAUGCUUAGAAAGUGCAACAGCGGGAUGAGUUUGAGCUUUGAUAACUCGAGCUGUACUCCAACAAUGUCGUCCACUAGGUCCUUUAUUUCGUCGCUUAGCAUAGACGGUAGCGUAAACAACUCCUCCUCCUUCCAUUUGUUGGGAGCUCCGAGUUCAACUGAUCAGAGUUCACAGUAUUCUAAGAGAAAAUGCCUCAUGAGAGGUGCUGAUGAACAUGGUAGUGCUAAAUGCGGUAGCUCUAGCAGAUGCCACUGCUCUAAGAAGAGGAAACAUCGGAUUAGGAGAUCGAUUAGAGUGCCUGCUAUAAGCAACAAGGUUGCAGAUAUCCCUCCUGAUGAUUAUUCGUGGCGAAAGUAUGGUCAGAAACCCAUCAAGGGCUCUCCUUAUCCCAGGGGAUACUACAAAUGCAGUAGCAUAAGAGGUUGUCCAGCGAGGAAGCACGUUGAGAGAUGUUUGGAAGAUCCAGCAAUGCUUAUUGUUACUUAUGAAGCUGAGCAUAACCACCCCAAAUUGCCAUCUCAAACCGUGACAACUUAACUUUCAUUUUAUCAUGUGUGUUUUGCUCCAAUACUGUGUGAUAUAUAUGAUGGGAGCAGUGCUUCUGUUGGGAUGGAUUUGCUUUGUGAUAGUAGGUUACUGUAUUUGUUGGUUUUGGGUUACUUAAAUGUAGGGGACUUGUCAAACUCUUUUAUUUCUCAAGUGUAUUGCUCUUUAAUGAUUUGAAGUUCU